AUCGCGGGGGGUCGCAAUAAAUUACUCUAUCACACAAACCGAACUACUCCCAAAUAGACAGACGGCGUUUCUCCUUCUCCUUUCUCCUUCUUCGUCGUCAUCUUCUUCCUCUACUGCAUAUGCCUUCCUCCUCUCCAAAUAGAUAACACUUAGAAGUUUAUCAUCCAUACGUAUACAAAAUAUAUAUCCAGUGUAAACAGGAGUACGGAAUCGAAUUACGGAAGAAGAAGAAGAGAGUUGUGAAUUCCGAGGAGGAAUAAGAGGACAGAGAAAAUGGCGAUGCGCGACCUCGUCACCGGUGGGGCGGCUUGCGCUGUACCGGGCUCUUCUUCUUCGUCGAAUCCCUUCGGUGCUUUAGCCAACACCCUGAUCGGUUCUUCUUCUAAAACUCAGGAAAGGCUGAAAGAGAUUCCUACAUCAACAACCACCUAUUCGGAUGGUAAUGUUUACGCAGGAACUGAUGAGCCGUUGACUACACUCCCAGGUUCAGAGUUUGACCGUCCACUGCAACCUAAUGUUCAGGGCGCAGAAUUUUUCCGGGGCUUCCGCAGUGCAGAUCAGGGUAGACUUGCAGACGUUUGGGAGGAGAUACACAAUCCUCAGCUUCCUUAUUCCCAAGGAAGAGGCAGUAUAACCCAUUUGCCUGCAAUAGAACAAACAAUAAGACCUAAUAAUCAAUUGCAACCAGAUUUUGAUGGGCCACCACAAAGAGUUUUAUCAAGUUUUCUGCAUUCAUUUGUAAAUAGCAACCAAGGUGGUAUACCAUUUCGUCCCACUCCACUUCCAGUAUUGGGAUUGUCUGAAGGUGACAAACAAUGCAUACGUGAUCGCAGCAGCAUAAUGGCUCGACAUUUUUUUGCUGAUAAAAGUGAAGACUUCAUCGAUGCACAGGUAAAUGCAUUAUUAUCUUCCUUGGAUAUUGAUGGUGAUAUUCGGGCAAGGGGACCGCUGCCUGGUAGAUUUCGUGAGCUUGAGGACUAUUGGAAUGAAUCUCAAGGUAUGAUGAAACCUGGGCCUCACGCUGCCGAUGGAUGGGUUGCUGAAUACACGCAACGCAGAGUAGAGCACAGUGAUCCUAAUGCAUGGGCUCAUUCAUUUGAACUACAACAUGGUGCUAAUGGUUGGGCUUCUGAAUUCGAGCAUGAACAAUCUCAGAUUGCAUCACUAAAUCAAAUGAAAGGUGCAAAUAUUGCAAAUUUGGCUGCUAUGGAGCAGACUCGUAUGUUAGCCCACACAUUAGCACAAAAUAACGACCCUAAGUUCCAGAAUUCAAAGUUCCUCCAGUUUGUAUCGAAGAUGAGUCGUGGGGAAAUAAUUAUGGAGGACAAUCAAGUCAAGCCAAAUGCAGUAUCUGCACCUGGGGAUUGGGCAACUGAAUAUCAACAACAGUUUAAUGGAGGUCAUGCAUGGGCUGACCAGUUCGCGCAUGAGAUUUCUCGUGGACCAGAUGGGUGGGCUAGUGAGUUUGCUGCAGAACGUGAUCAAAAUGGAUUAGUUGAUGACCAGUGGGUCAAUGAAUUUUCCAAAUUGCAUGUUCAGGACUGGGCUGAAGAAUUUGGGAAUCAGUUCGGUGAAGGGGCAUUGGGAGAGAAUUCUGCUGAUAACUGGGCAAAUGGCUAUGAUGAUUACUUGAAUGAACAAAUAGCUGCCAAGCAACGGUCAGAGACUUCGAGGGGGGUUUAUGAGUUCUCUGAUAUGAAUCCUUACGUCGGUCACCCAAAUCCCUUGAAAGAAGGUCAAGAGCUGUUUCGCAAAGGUCUUUUGAGUGAGGCUGUACUUGCUCUUGAGGCUGAAGUACUUAAAAACUCUGACAAUGCUGAAGGCUGGAGGUUACUUGGAAUAGCCCAUGCUGAGAAUGAUGAUGAUCAACAGGCUAUUGCAGCCAUGAUGCGUGCUCAGGAGGUUGACCCAACAAACCUGGAAGUUCUUCUUGCUCUUGGCGUGAGUCACACAAAUGAGUUGGAACAAGCAGCUGCAUUGAAGUACUUGUAUAGUUGGCUACGCCAUCAUCCAAAGUAUGGGACGCUCGCUCGACCGGAGAUGUCUGAUUCUCUGUAUUAUGCUGAUGUUGCUAGAUUAUUCAAUGAGGCUGCCCAAAUGUCACCUGAGGAUGCUGAUGUACAUGUAGUUCUUGGUGUUUUGUUUAACUUAUCCAGAGAAUUUGACAAAGCCAUUGCGUCAUUUAAGACUGCUUUGAAGCUCAAGCCACGAGAUUACUCUCUUUGGAACAAGCUUGGUGCGACACAAGCCAAUAGUGUCCAGAGUGCUGAUGCAAUAGAGGCUUAUCAACAGGCACUAGAUUUGAAGCCUAAUUAUGUUCGUGCAUGGGCUAACAUGGGGAUCAGUUAUGCCAACCAGGGUAUGUAUGAGGAGUCCAUCCGUUACUAUGUCCGAGCUCUUGCAAUGAAUCCAAAAGCAGACAAUGCCUGGCAAUAUUUGAGAAUUUCUUUAAGUUGUGCUUCUCGGAAUGACAUGAUGCAAGCUUGUGAUUCCCGGAAUCUUGAUGUUCUCCAAAAGGAGUUCCCACUGUGAUUUUGCUUUAUUUGAUUGGAAGCUUCCUCGUUCUUCAUGUUUAAAAGGAAAGAGCGAUUGGGGAUUACAGCUUAAUCUUAACAAAUAAUCCGGCUUUAUCAUGAAUGGGAAAGCUGUCCCAGUGUAGGGAGACGAAAGAUUAGAUGUGGCUAAUCUUGUUCCCUAAAAUUUAUUCCUAACGAAUUGUACCAUUGAGCUCCUACUGGUGUGACUGUACAAUGUUUAUAGUACUAUAAAGGCGGCCAUUGUUAAAAGGGGAGAAGAAUAAGAAUAGUGAUGAGAGUUGUAUGAAUGGUAUUUGUAAUACAGAAUGUGAAAUUACUGAAGUUCUUGCAGACA